GCACCGUGGUUGCUUUCAUGGAUGUAGCUUCCAGACUUUGACCACGGAAGGCCUCAUUAAAAUCACCUCUGUACUGUUCUCCCUCUCUCUCUCUCUCUCUCUCUCCUUUUCCCUCCUCCAUGAGCCAGCACUGAGGAAACAGCAAGAACUCUUUUAGGUGUCUUUGUCUUGCAGAGGAACAGAGUUGCUAAAUAGGAGAAGAGAAAUACUAUUAGGACCGGUGGAGAAGACGAGUGCUUGGUUACAUAGGAAAGCCAACAUGCUGAGGCAGGUAUCCAGUAGGAACCACAGAGCAAAAGGGGGAUUCAAGGCGAAGAAUGCUCUCCAGAUAAGCAUGUUGGUUGCUGUUUGUGUCUGGUUGCUUUACCAGAUGAAGCACUCCCAUGAUCGGAGGAAGGCCUACGAGGAAAGGUUCGGAGCUGACGAGGCGCGGUCUGAGAUCGCUAGCUUUGGCAGGAAGGACCUCCUCCCACGCACAGUCGAGGCGGAUUCUGUGCCUGAUACCAGAGCGAAAGAGGCCUUGGACCGAGAUGUCAAGCAUGAUGAGCAUCCAGCUGAGGAGGCUGAGCACAAGGAGCAUACCGCUCACGGAGUAGACAAAGAUGAAAAGAAAACGGGUGCGUUAGAGGAUCAAGAACACGAAGAGCAGUCUCAUGAGGCUCGAGAAAAAAGCUUUAAAGCCGAUGACGCGGCCAGUGAGGUAAUCCACAGUGACAGUCAACACGUAGAACACGAAGAACUAACUCAGGAGGCACGGGAAAGAAGCUUCACAGCUGAUGAUGCUUCUAGCGCUGUUGAUCAUUUUGUUCCGGUUAGAGAACCUGAAUCUGGAAUUGGACUGUUUGAUUCAUCCAAAGGAACUCAUUCGAGUGUGGCUCGUGAGGACAACUCGACUGUGCCUGACGUUAAGGUGACCACAAGCACAACCGGUGAAGCUGAUGAUGGCGUGGAUGACCAAACCGAAUUAGAAACUGCAGAUCGCAUAUUCAAUGAGACAAAACCGCAGACGCAUUCAGCAAAUGGAUCCGAUGAUCGAACAGAAUUGGAGUUGGGAUCAACAUAUUCGUCGAAGAAACAAACCGAUGUCCGGAAGAAUCAUACUGCAGAGACUCCGAAAAACCAAACCACGAUGGAUGUUAUGGCUCUACGGCAUCCAACCAAUUCGCAUCCACUUCAAGAUCAACUUCCAUGGAAAAAGAAGUCCGAGACAGAGAAUGCAGUGAUCGUCGACAGCGAGCCACAUCGAACUGCCCAAACAGAGGAACCGGAGGGGAGCACCAUCCAAGGUGGGAACAAGCGGGUACUUCCACGAGAACCCAGGGACUCCAACCUGCAUGGUAUUGCUUCAGUGGAAGAAAGAGAUGGGCGUCGCGAUCGCACCAGUUCACGGAAGAUCCAGCACAAAGUAGAGACCGGUAAAGAGGAAGUUGUGUAGUGAUCGGUGAGGCUCUUGAUUGGGUUUUAGUUUUAGUCCAAGCAAUAGCCAUGUUGUCCUUGUUUUUGAUUCAGCAAGCCAUGGAAGCAAACAUUUCUCCAUUUGCUCCGUGGCAAACUCAGAUGUCCUUGACAUAUACACACACUUGUUGUGCUAUUUCCAAUA